AUCCAUCAUGACUCAGACUUUAACCAGCAUGCAGGUCGAGACAGUACCCUUCAAGACUUGAAACAGAGAUUAUAUUGGCCAAACAUGGACGCUGACGUGGGACGAUAUGUCCGACAUUGUCUAUGGUGCCGUAAGGCUAAAAGCUGGCUGCCGAAAAAAGCGGGCAAACUGCAGCAAACCUUACACCAGCAUAGCGGGAGUUUACUCUCCAUAGACUUGGUGGGGCCACUGCGACGCACUACGGAGCACCAGUAUUGUUACGUACUGACGAUGAUGGAUGCAUUUAGCCAUCAUCUAACAGCAGUUCCGAUUAAGUCAAAGAGCGCAGUUGAUGUGCUUGAAGCUUUUGUACAGAACAUUGUUCUCCAAGGACUUUUGCCUUCUCGGUUGGUCUCCGUUAAGGGUGGCAGAAGAAAAAUAGUAAAGGGCUCCGUUGUUUCUGACAACGGGACCGAGUUCAAAAAUGAGCUCAUGCAAAACUUUUUAGAGUUGUUUAAGGUCAGGUUCGGGUAUUCUAUUCCGUACCACCCUCAGAGCAACCCGGUGGAACGUGUUCACCGUUAUUUGGGAUCGUCUUUGCGUAUUGCAUUAGGCAAGAGUAACGCGAUUCAUGAUAAUUGGGAUGAAGUCCUACCGUAUAUAGUAUUCAGUUACAAC